UAACUCAGUAGGCGUUCAACCGCCAACGGGAUCGAAUCUUUGGAACUGUCACAGUAAUAUACUCACCCAAUGAAUCGUCAGUGUCUCAUCGGCUUUGCCACAUAUCUUCUGGCAGCAUGCCCUGGAUACAGUUGCCACAGCAUAGGUAGUGUGAAUAGCAUCAGCAGCAUCAAUGUGAGUAAUGCCACCCAGAAUCUGCCCGAGGUUCAGGGCAACAAGUUCCUGUACUUUGGCUUUGGCAGCAACAUGCUCGCCAAAAGGAUUCACAUCCAGAAUCCGACUGCCGUGAGGAUUGGUCCCGCCCUGCUGGAAGGAUAUCGUCUAGAUUUUGCCUUUGUGUCGAAACGCUGGGACGGAGCAGUGGCCACUAUUGUUCCCACUCCGGGUGACAGUCUUUGGGGAACUCUCUGGGAGAUCGAUCUCAGCAACCUGCCUGAUAUUGACAACCAAGAAGGCGUACAUUUGGGCAUCUAUGAGCCUCGUACCGUCUACGUGAAGCGUCAGAAUGCAUCCGAAUCGACCCCAGCCCGGGCCUAUUUGCUGAUCCAGCAGCCGGAGACCAAUCUGUACGAGUUAUCCCAGGAGUCCAUUCCAGCUUCUCGACAGCCUUCGAAAACAUAUCUUCAGUGCCUGGUGCAGGGCGCCAUCGAGAGCUCCAUCCCGGAGGACUACGUGCGGCGGUUGAAGGGCAUCAGACACAACAAUCGGGUGGCCAGUAAGCUGGAAGAAACGCUGGAUCUGAAAGAAGUCCAAUUGUGAAUAAUUAAUAAAUGCCAAAUAAAAUCACCAAUGAGACAAAAA